AAGGGAUGUUCUUGCUGAUUCAAGACAACAUAGUUCUGUCCAGGACUCUACACUGGGGAUAAGGACAUGGGACUCCUCCUGCCAGAUUCCAGAUGGUUCAUUACAACUGACAUCUUGGUUGACAACUGUGAAAAGGAACUCUGGAUUAUUUUAUUUUAUUUUUGUGGGAGACCACAAUCCCCAAACUGUAGGACAUAUCAGGUUCCAUAUUUCUUGUAGAAUUUUAAAAUAACCUUUUCUAAUGAGGAUGUCUGAUAUUCUUACUGUAAAAGAUGAAACCGAUGCAAUGAAGGGUUCAGAAGGUGAAUUUAAAGAUACAGACCCAGUUGAAAACCUUAUAAAAUCAGGAAGUCAGGAGCAGAUUCAAGCAGAAAAGGAUGAAAAUUGUCCUGAUAGCAAAAACAAUAUGCCGCGGCCAGUGCAGUCUUUUGGACAGACAGCAAAAAGGUCGAAGUCAAACACAAAGUUAAAGUUAGUUCGGAGCCUUGCUGUAUGUGAAGAAUAUCCACCACCUCCCACAGCUGAAAUAUCACAGGACCUCCAGGAGAAAAUUCAGAUCCAGUUGUCACAGUCUUUUGAAAAAGAAGAAAAGCCUGCAAAAGAUGAAACAGAAAAGGAAAAAUCCAGUGAUAAACUGUCCAGAAAAAUGUUAUCAAGAGAUUCCAGCCAAGAGUAUACAGAUUCCACUGGUAUAGAUCUUCAUGAAUUUUUAGUAAAUACAUUAAAAAACAAUCCCAGGGACAGAAUGAUGCUGCUGAAAUUAGAACAGGAAAUUUUAGAUUUCAUUGGUAAUAAUGAAAUUCCAAGGAAAAAGUUUCCCCCAAUGACAUCUUACCAUAGAAUGCUGUUGCACAGGGUAGCUGCUUACUUUGGAUUAGAGCACAAUGUGGACCAGAGUGGGAAGUCAGUCAUAGUAAAUAAAACUAGCAAUACAAGAAUACCUGACCAAAAGUUUUGUGAGCAUAUAAAGGAUGAGAAGAGUGAUGAUUUCCAGAAGCGGUACAUCCUUAAAAGAGAUAACUCUAGUUUAGACAAAGAUGACAACCAGAUGAGAAUACGAUUAAAAGAUGACAGAAGAAGUAAAUCCAUAGAAGAACGCGAAGAAGAGUAUCAGAGAGCUAGAGAAAGAAUAUUUGCACAAGAUUCCCUGUGUUCCCAAGAGAAUUAUUUCACUGAUAAAAGAAUCCAGGAGGAAGAAACUAAUAGUACACAACAAAGACGACAGAUACUUAGAAUCAAUAAGGAAACAUCAGGGAGAUCAGCCAACAGCCAUCAGAGCAGUACUGAGAAUGAGCUGAAGUAUUGUGAACCCCGUCCCUGGAGCAGCACCGACUCUGAUAGUUCCAUCCGCAAUCUGAAGCCAGCUGUAACGAAAGCCAGCAGCUUCAGUGGGAUAUCAGUUCUGACAAGAGGAGAUAGCUCUGGAAGCAGCAAAAGCACAGGCAGGCUGUCUAAGACAGGUUCAGAGUCUUCUAGUAGUGUAGGGUCAUCCACGGGUUCUCUUUCUCACACCCAGCAGCCUCUUCCAGUGCCAGCUCUAAGCCAGCCUUCUCAUGGCACGCCUGCCGUCUAUCCAACUGUCAGCACUAGUAACUCUCUUUCCUUUGAUGGUGGCAUAAGCGGGCAAGUGGCACCUACUAGCACUAGCUUCUUUUUGCUUCCCUUGGAAGCGGCAGGCAUACCGCCUGGCAGUAUUCUGAUCAACCCUCAAACAGGUCAGCCAUUCCUUAAUCCAGAUGGCACUCCAGUUGUGUACAAUCCUCCUAUGCCUCAGCAACCUGUUAGGACCCAAGUGCCUGGACCUCCGCAACAGCCACCUCUUCCCGCGCCACCUCAGCAACAGCCAGCAGCUAACCACAUCCUCUCACAGCAAGACAACCUAGGAUCGCAAUUUAGCCAUAUGAGUCUUGCCCGUCAGCCACCUGCUGAUCCAGCUGAACCUCAUACUGCUAUGUUCCAGUCCACUGUAGUCCUCCAGCCCCCACAGCAGUCUGGUUAUAUCAUCGCAGCUGCUGCACCUCCACCACCCUCCGGCCAACCAGUUUCUGCUCCAGGCUACUCGACAUCUAGCCACCCCGUCAACCAGCAAGUACUCCAGCAGCAGGGAUAUAUGCAGCAACCUGUGCCACAGAUGCCAGCUUGUUAUUGUACCCCCAAUCAGUAUCCGCACUCCAGUCAACAAUACCGACCUGUUUCUGUCCAUUACAACACACAGCAAAACCAACCAUUAGCACAGCCUGGACAGCAGACAGGUUACCAGGUUUUGCCUAACCAGCAGCAAAACUACCAGGGUUUAGUCGGAGUUCAGCAGUCUCAGAAUCAAAAUCUGGUCAGUGGCCAACACAACAACGUUGGGAAUCAAAUUCAGGGUGUGAUUGUUCCAUAUCCUUCAGUGCCAUCUUAUCAGGUUUCGGUGCCUCAAGGUUCCCAAGCAGUGCCGCAGCAGACAUAUCAACAGCCUGUUAUAAUUCCCAGUCAGUCAAAUCAAGGAUUACCCACAACAGGAAUGCCGGUUUACUACAGUGUCAUUCCAUCAGGUCAACAGAAUAAUUUAAGCAAAUUGGUCUACAUGUACAGACCUCCCUGUGUAUACAUCUGUGUCCCCAGCACAAUUUCAUCAGUAGGAUAUUUGCAGCCUCCUGGAUCAGAGCAGAUACAGUUUCCUAGAACAUCAUCACCAUGCAGCUCACAGCAGCUUCAAGGACAGCAGUGCGCAGUUUAUAGCAACCAUUCAAGUCAGAAGCCAUCACCUCCUACAUUAUUGCCACCUUCAUCAAAGUCAAAGCCACAACAGGCUGCUUCCAUUGUGCACUACAGCAUAGUGUCUCCACCCUCAUCAUGUAAAAGUUCACCCACUGGUCUUUCCAUCAUGCAGCCAAUAAAAGCGGUAGCACCACCACCAGGUGGAGGAGUAGUAAUGAUGCAGCUAAAUAUACCUAACAAUCCUCAGCCUCGGAACCAUUCACCUCCACAGUGGAAACAGAAUAAGUAUUACUGUGAUCAUCAAAGGGGGCAGAAGUCCACAGAACUUAGCACUUUAGACAGUGCUGCGCAGUUGCAGCAUAGUCCUCAACUAGGUAGUCCUGUCACCUCACCGGCCCAAUCACCAGCACCAGCUCAGCUAUCAAACAUGAAGAACAUCCGUCCCACAUUAACACCUCUUUCUAUCGUGUCCCAGUUUUCUAGACCUUUUGUCCCUGGACAAGGAGAUGCCAGAUACCCACUGCUUGGCCAACCCCUGCAAUACAAUCCACCAUCUUUAUUACGUGGACAAGUAACAAGCCAACAGUGUCAACCUGGAAACAGACAUGGAAACAGGGGAAAGAAACCAGCAAAGAAGGCUGCUUCAGCAGAUCUUGGUGCAGGAGAACCAGGUAUAGAAUUGCUGGUUGACACAGUCCUCCAGAAAAAUGGAAUUAUGGUGAUGGGCUGGGAAUGUAACAAGACAAGCAGAGUUGUGGGAAAAGUUCUAGAAAUUACUGAACUGCCAGAAGGCAUAACUCGUAUGGAAGCAGAAAAACUAUUUGGAGAACUUUUAAAAGUUGGUGCCAAGAUUCGGUGGCUAAGGGAUUCACAGUGUCUACAAACACAGCAGCAGCACCAUCGUCGUUAUUGUGGCAGCGGAGACAGUAGUGUGAACACUGAGCCAUCCAAACCUAGUGACUUGGCUUCCACUUACACAGUUCUAGCUACGUUCCCUACAAUGUCAGCUGCUCAGAAUGCGUUGAAGAAACAAAGUAGUACCUCAGUGAACAAGUUCAGGCUGAGAACAAGCAAGAAGCACUACGACUUUCAUGUUCUGGAAAGGGCUAGUUCUCAGUAGCAGUUACAUCAGUGGACACUCAGCCUUUACUACUUCCAUGUCCUCCUCUCCUCAAUUGGCUUGAUGUUAUGGAGUUUCUGUUCUCUUCACAGAGACUCCUGGGAUGUUUUGUCAUAUGACAUUAGCCACUGAAGACUAAAUAACCCAGUGAUCCAGCAAGAUGAAGAAAAAAUAUUCGGAGUUAAUCCCAGACAAUAGCAAGGAAUCAUCUUUGAGACAGGCAGCCUUCUACAAGGAAUGCUGUUGAAAUGCCCCCUACUUUUAUAGUAGUUUUGUUUUAUAUUUUUGAAUUCUUGUAUCAGAUCCAAAGUUCUAUUGUACAGCAAACGUUCAUAAAAAUCCAUAUUCAGAUUUGUAUUUUAUAAUCCCUUUUCACAGCCAGCACACAGCUGUCCAUUCCAAGGCAGGAACCUGAGGAUUGGUAGAAGGGAAAAGAGAACCAUUUUCAAGGAAUUACACUCAUUUUCUAGCAAACUACCCCAAAUCUUCAAGUUAACCUGUUCUUUGUCCCUUGUGUUUGGUUUGGUUUUGUUUUUUUUUUUUUUUUUUUGGGGAAAAAAAAAAAAUAAUUUUAGUAACUAACUCCUUAGAUGGUCAUUUUCUUUCAAGAUUCAUUGAAGCAAUGUCAAAAGAAAUUACGAGUAGGUUGUACCCUUGAAGGAUUCGCUUCUGAUCCAACAAGUUUAAUAAUUAUUUAAAGGGAAAUAUGAAUAGGUUACAAAGAAUGUUCACUGAAUCACAUUUUAAUAUUUCUUCUUUUCAGCAAAAGCGUGAAGAGACUAAAAUGUAUCUUCACAGGUGACAAAAUGUUUGCACUUUAAUUGUGUUCUCACCAGUAUGGAUCUCUUUCUCUUCCUUUUCACGCUAAGAUAAUUGUGUUUGAGAAGUGCUGGAAACCUUUUUAAUGGUUUAAGUUUUCAUCAUUUGCAGAUGCUCACUGGACAUUAAAGAUUCAUUGCACAUAAAUGAAACAAACUUUUUUCAAUUUGUGUAAUUUGCAAGGCUGUACAAUGUGUGCUGAUGCAAGCCUUUUUCAGUUCAAGAAAAUAAAUGUUUACAAACACAAA